UUUCAUUUAAACUUUCCUAAAAAGAAACGCCGCCCUUUGAGAAACCAGCCCUUUUGAAUUUUUAGAAAAAUAAAUCCGUUUGGGGGUUCUGCUAACUGUAACAAACAGCCCUUCAAAAAUACGAUGGAAGACGAAGAAACGCCUUUGUACGGUAUCGACAAAGAGAUUCACGCUAGAAUUGAUGCAAAGUAUUCUGUAGAACGGGAAAAGGAAGCACGCCAAUGGAUUGAAGAUCUCAUCGGCGAGAAGUUUCCUUCAGAAGAUUUCGCUGAAAGUUUGAAAGACGGUACUAUAUUGUGCAAAUUGAAUUCUCAUAGAGUCAUUGAAAAGCUAAAACCUGGAUCCGGUAAAUUCAAACAGUCGAGACUACCUUUUGUUCAGAUGGAAAAUAUUUCUAUAUUUUUGCGAGGUGCAGAAGCCCUAGGAGUACCAAAGCAUGAUCUUUUCCAAACCAUUGAUUUAUACGAGAAGAAAAACAUGACACAAGUGGUGGACGCGAUAUUUUCAUUAUCUAGAUAUGGAUAUAAGGCAGGAACCUCACCGGAUUAUCUGGGACCCAAGCUUGCAGAUAAACAACAGGCUGCAUAUUCAAAAGAAGCAGCAGCAGCAGCAGCAGCAACAUAUAACACAUAUCAAUAUGGCUAUACCGGCGGUGCUAAUCAAUCUGGAAUGACUUUUGGUAAAAGACGUGAGGUAGUAGGCAGUGACCCAAACUCUCAGUACAAAUAAUCAUUUUACAACUAUGAAAUUACAACUGAAAAUAAAACUUCACCUUCCCUAACUUAUUAUUGACUUCCGUCUCCAAUUCUAUGACUUCAGCUGGUAACUUCUGCACGUACAUUUACUCACGUUCACGAAGAAAAUGAAAAUAAUAUUUUCUUAUGUUGCAAAUCGUUCAUAUCGGCACAUAAUCUCUCAACAAUUUGGCACAUCCACAUCCACAUCGAAACAUACAUUCAUGGCAACAAUUGUUUUUCCUAACUACAAAGUGAUUUUAAUUUUUGAAAAUUGACUUAAAAUAUCUUCAUAUAUAAAUCCAAUAAUUUAAGCAGAAGCAGA